AUGACGAAAGAGACUCUCAAAGAAAUAUGCAAACAAAAUAAAUUGUAUAUAAUCCCUCGUCUCAAUAAUGAACUUUUUCUUCACUAUGGAGGAUUUUCAAAGAUUGAAAACCUAGAUGAAUAUACUGGCCUAAAAAGUCUGUGGUUACAAAACAAUGUGUUGAAGAACAUUUCUGGACUCGACCAACAAAUAAACCUUGUCUGUUUGUUCUUGCACUACAACGCAAUCUCAAAAAUCGAAAAUCUUGAUUUCUUGGUAAAACUCAACACGAUAAAUUUGAGCCAUAAUUUCAUCAAAGUUAUUGAAAACUUAGAUCACUUGCAAGACCUGAAUUUUUUGGUUUUAACUCACAACAAGCUUUCUACUGUGAGCGACAUUGCUCAUUUGGCCAGCUGUAAAACAUUGUCUAUACUUGAUCUUUCAUUUAACUACUUAGAUGAUCCAGAAAUCAUUGAUGUUUUUGCCAACAUGGAAUCUUUGAACGUUUUGAUUUUAACUGGAAAUAUUGUGAUUUCGAAGAUAGACAACUAUCGGAAAACGUUAAUUAUAAAAUGUAAAAAACUAUGUAAUCUGGAUGACAGAACAGUUUCAAAAAAGGACCGUUUGUGUGCAGAGUCUUGGAGUACGGGUGGUGUCGAAGCGGAACAAGCCAUGAGAACUAAAUUAAACAAAAUCGAAAGGGACGCACAAUUGCGACGAAUUAAUCGUGUACCAAUUAUUCCAUGGGUCCAAUCGGAUUCUUCAGACGACGAGACAGUGGAAGACAAAAGUAUAAUGAGUCAAAAUUAG